UCAAAUCUCUACUUUAAAUUAGCACUGCGAAAGAUACUUGCACUCAAAUCAGCACGCAGAAAAAAGUAUUGCAUUCAAGUUUUGCACAGAAAGAAAAAACGGUCUUGUGCCAAUUUACAACUUAUUGAAUACAUGAAUGGUAUGAAAGCUAGAAAAUGUGAGCAAACCAGAAUGCAACUUUGUGACAGAAGAUACUUAGAUAUAGAAUAUGUGAAUAAUUUUAUUUCUCAGAGAUUACAGGUGUUGGAAAGAGUGUUCAAAGAAGAAGCUGUUAGGAUAAACAUUGAAUCCUAGCUAUUAUAUGUAACCUUUAAAAUAAGCAUAUGAAAUGUAUUAAUAUUAUUUUGAUCAUUCAAUAUAUUUACAUCCACAAAGAAUGUUUCCUUCUCUUUCUUACGUAAAUAAAUUGUAAUUCACUGCUCUUAACAAACUGACAAGACUGACAUCAAUAGGUCCCGUUUAGGAUUGGUUAAGAAUUUGUUCUAGUGACCGGUCAGAAGAGGAUGCUCACUUAUUUAUGGCACCGUAUCCUACUUUAUCUUUUUAGAGGUCCGUGUUGCUCUGCUUUGAAUUUGUAUUUCGUGUUAUGGAUUUUUGAAAUGGUUGACAGUUUGAUACUGUCGUUUUGUCAUUCUAAAACACGUAUACAAAACAAUUCCUAAACCUCAAGGAAAUGUAUAGAAAAUUGUAUUACUGGGAAACAUGUUAAAAGUUUAAUGAAAUAGCUCAAAGUAACAUGUAAAUGCCAUAUUCAAUUUUUUUUAAAAUUUUGUGGUUGUUGUGAGUGCAAAAUUGAAGAAGAUUAAUUAACCGAA